AUCCAGCUCUCUGGCCACUCACCGAAUAGGUAAUGAGCUGCCUGGCUGUCAGGAGUCAAAGUACGAGACGAAAUGAAGGGGUCUGGAAUAUUCAGGAGGGCUCAUAAUUUAUUGAUGUGGUUGUGGGAAUGAAAGCGCUGUGUUGUUGUUGAGCAGGAGUCGGUUGCAAACGAGAGUACGAGGCUUUUGAACUUGUUCAUCCGUGGUCGGGGUCUGCGGCGAGCUUCUCCUCCUCGCGAUUCGUUUCUUUUCAGCCACUAACCCACUUGGGGGUGAUGUCCAACGCAUCAGUCCAAACGAAUCACCAUAGGAGCUGAUCUCAGUUCGUCUUUGCAGAUGAUUACUGGUUAUCCACAACUUAUGGGCUCUCUUGUUCCCCUAAACUGGUGUAGGAGUUCUCUGGAGCCUUCGUAACUGGACCCUAGCUUCUACAAUGGGAUACAUCAAGCUUUCAAAGUUUAUGGCGACGAAGAAUUACCCAGUUUUCCGCCAAUUUCAGGAGGCAGCCGCCAGAGAUCUUCUAUAUCUACAGGCCGAGCUUGUUCACCUAGAAUCCGAAUAUCAAAGAGUCGCGAAAGCUGACAGAGAGUCUGGAGACGACGACGAGAGGCAUCUAUAUGCUUUCGAAUGGUGGCACCUCAGUCAAUCGGAGGCUCGUGGGUUUGAGGGAGAGCAAUGGGCAUUGGCUCUCCAAAUCAGAACGAAACUGCGGGAGUAUUACACCUCAUUACAUCAAUACAACGAGAUUUCCCUGAUGAAGCGGCCUAAGGAUUCUCAGGUCAAAUCACUCCGUGAAUGGAUCGAAAGUCCUCACCUUGGGGGAGGCUGCGGAUUCCUAGGGCGGGACCUUGGUGGCUUUGCACAGGAGGCCGCGUACGACCCCAAACAUGUUGGCGACCUCGUCAUGCUUUCUGAAGAGCUUGGGGAAGAUGAUAUGCUGACUAGUUUCAUCUCUGGCCCACUUCUGCGGCUUUUUCACACCUUUUGGCAGCGGUACAAAGUCCGACCUGAAAAUAGAAGCUCCUUGUAUUACUAUUCCGAUGAACACGUCAAUGGGGUCAUUAACAUUAUUGGCACGGUUGCAUCAUCAUUGACACCGAUGAUUUCGAUCAUCGUACUGUAUGUUAUCCAGAGCACGAGGAUCAGGCUUGGUCUUGUAUGUGUUUUCACCCUCCUCUUUUCUUUGGUUCUAGCACUGGCGACAAAAGCAAGAAGGAUCGAGAUCUUUGCGGCGACUGCGGCUUUUGCGAGCGUACAGGUUGUUUUCGUUGGAAGUGUUGGCAAUUCGUCUGGGGGUUGA